AUGUUCAACAACUCCUUUGAUCCCUAUCAAGACCUCGAGUGCUCACCCGAGGCGGAAGCCAAUGCAGCGCGGGUAGUCUUCGAGUGUUUGCAUGGGCCUAUCGUCUCCCUAGACGGUCCUCUUGAUGAGCCACGUGACUGA